AUGUCGGCCAACUCGCUGCCUCGCCCCUCGCGGCCGUCGAUUGCUCCUCCCACCGGUCCCUUGCCCUCGCUGCCCGUCCCCAAGCAAAGAAGCUCCAAUGUCGGUCCGACGACGCGAGCCUCGUUGCUCCCAGGCGCCGCCAAUACACGCGCUGUGUCUUCGUCGUCGCUACCCUACAGGCCAACUUCCAAGCACCUCACAUCGCCGUCCGUGCCGUCAUUCCCACCCGAGGCUGGUGCCGCCGGAUCGCUGCCCGUUGGAAAAUCGCUGCGCAAGACAGUCAGCAUCGGUUCCUUUCCACAACCACCCAGACAUGGUGGGCGAUCGAAUCCAACCAGUCCGCUGUCGACGAGUUCGACGCCUGGAGGAGACAUGGUCGAUCGGAGAGUGUCGUCAAUAUCCAAGGGUCAAACGCCUUCCAGGAAUAACAGCCUUAAGAAGCCGCGAAGCUCUAAUAUUGGAGCGCGAGGUUUACUACCGAAAUCACCCCUAUCACCCCCCAGUCUACUCAAUGGAAGCGCAGAUUCCGUCACAGUAGAGACAGCCCACCUCAGUCUCCCCUCACCACCGCAGAGUCGCAACUCUUCACCCCAGGGAUCGUACGCAACCAGCGCAACCACAUUCGAGGAAGGGGAAGAUGGACGCGCAGAUGGCAAGGUACACAAGGACGGCAAAGGCAAUGUCAUUGUCAGCGUUCGGGUACGGCCUGAUGCUGGGGCCAAAGACAACAAACACGACUUGGAGUGGGAGGUUAACAACAAGCGCGCACUGAUAGCCUACAAAGGCAAAGAGGGCGGAGACUACAUAUAUGACAACGUAUUCGAUACCCAAGACAACAACGCCCGCGUAUACGAUGCUGCAGCCAAGCGACUUGUCCGGAGGGUCAUGGAGGGCUACCACGGCACCGUCUUCGCCUACGGAAUGACUGGAACCGGCAAGACGUUUUCUAUGCAAGGAACUGCAACAAAUCCUGGUGUCAUACCACUUGCCAUCACCGAUAUCUUCUCUUACAUUCGUGAGACGCCUCAGCGAGAGUUUCUUCUGAGAGUCAGUUACAUUGAAAUCUACAAUGAGAAGAUUAUCGAUCUGCUAGCGGGACCCGUUGUAGGCAUGAACGGCCAGACCGGGCCCGUUGAAGAGAUCAAGCUACGCGAGGACAGCAAACGUGGUGUCUAUGCGUCGCCACUAAAGGAGGAAAUCGUGCAGAGUCCGACGCAACUCCUGAGGGUUAUUGCACGAGGUGACAACUCAAGAAAGGUGGCGGGUACCCAGUUCAACGCGCGCAGUUCCCGAAGUCACGCCGUGGUCCAGAUUGUCGUUGAGAGUAGAGAGCGCGCUCCCGGCCCAGCAAUAAAUGGCGACAAACGGUCAGCCAUUGUCCCUGGUGGUGUCCGUGUCUCGACGCUCAGUUUAAUCGAUUUGGCUGGUUCUGAAAAGGCGGCUGAUAACAAAGAAAGGCGGACUGAGGGUUCCCAUAUCAACAAGAGUUUGCUUACUUUGGGUACAGUCAUUGGCCGAUUGGCUUCCGAUAAAGACAAGUCUGAGAAGGACAAGGGCAAGGGCGACAAACAUUUGCCAUACCGAGACAGCAAACUGACCCGACUUCUUCAACCUGCCCUCUCCGGUAACUCGCUGGUCAGCAUUCUCUGUACAAUCCAGAUCGGAGCCAGUGGGAGUCCUGCUGCUGUCAAUAGUCACACAGGUGAGACGCUGAAUACUCUCAAAUUCGCCUCCAGAGCCAAAAACAAUAUUGUCAGCCACGCCAAGAAGGCCGACGAAUCUAUGGGUGCUGGUGGGGACGCAGGAAGUCGAGCGCUUCUAGAUCGCUACCGCCUGGAAAUUGAAGAACUCAAGAAGCAGCUCGCUGAAGGCAAAAACAAAGAACCCAAGGAAGAAGAAGAUGACGAGCUGAAAAGAGACAAGGAGGAAGAAAAGGCGCGCGAACUGGAAGACAAGCAGCGGCAUGAAGAGCAGAUGCUUGAGAUGCAACUAGCCCGAACAGCCCUAAAGGAGCGGAUCGAGCAUCUUAACAGGCUGAUUUUGAGCUCCAAGUCUAUCGGUGUCAACAAUGGCCGAUCAUUCUCUUCAAUGAGCUUCCAGCGCGGCUCCAUCAUGAGCACCAACCACCACGACAUGCGCCCAAGCUCUAUUCGCUCUUCUGCUAGCCAUGCGACCCUCGAGGUUCCCGGUAAAAGACAAAGCACACCACACCUCCACAUGGACGGCUCUGAGGAAGACGACUCGGUUGGGGAGAAUGGAGAUGGUAGUGCAAGUCAGACGGUGCAGAUCCAAGCACUACAGGCUGAUCUUGCGGAUAAGAACCGUUACAUCGCUACCCUUGAAAAGCGCCUGUUGCACGCUCGGCGAUCGAGCCAUUCUCGUGUCUCCAUGUCAUUGUCACACAAGCUCACAAAUAGUGAGGAGGGUGGUAUGAUCGCAGCUCUUGCCGAGAGAGACAACGAGAUAGUCAACCUGCGCGCACAGCUUGAGGAUAAGGAGCGUAUGAUCGGCGCCCUCACAUCAGCUCGCAAGAAGAACGACACUGCACAUGAGAUGGGCAGCGAGUCACCAGGCAGCCGGCGCACCUCGGGUUAUCAGCGCAGCGGCAGUGAUGGUAGCGGGAUUAGUUUACCGAAAGGUCCAACGUCGCCUGCACUCAGUGUAAAGACGCCCUUCCUACCCCCUCCAGUUACCAACGGCUCUACCAAGAAUAUCGAGGAGAUGACGCGUAUGCUAGACGAGAUGAUUACUGGUCGCGUUGAAAAGACUGCCAGGCGAAGCAGUCUCAGACCAGUCACCGAAGGACCAUGA